AAUUCGGUUCGGUUCGAACGGAAAACUCACGAACAUCACUAUAAAAACUAGCUAAAAGCGAUGACAAACUUUGUUCGCAUCUUAAUUAUCCAGAAUGGCACCUACAGACAUCACUAGAACUGUGAAUAAUGUUCCAGAAUCCAAAUUUGAAGCCGUCCAGACUGUGAUGCCAGUCACAGUCACCGAUCCAAGACAAAUUCGGCAGGUUUUGGCGGUGACAAAGCCAAUUGCUUCAGCCAAUUUUACGGGUUGCCUUAACAUAAUCCUCUGCUAUAAUAAGGCUACAGAGAAUGAUUCCGGUUUUAUUGUGGCUGGAUGGAUCAGGGAAUCUCUAGCACGAGCUUUGACGGAACAGCCGCUUCUCGCCGGACGUUUAAGAAGAGGCGAAGAUGGCGGCGGCGAGCUUGAGAUUGUGUCGAAUGAUAGUGGCGUUAGGCUCGUUGAAGCUUCGAAUAGUUUGAGUUUGAAGGAGUUUAUUGAUUUUAAAGGAAGAGAGAAAGCUGCGGCUGAAUCUCAACUUGUUUUUUGGAAAAGUAUUGAUGAGCAAAAUCCUCAAUUCUCUCCAUUAUUCUAUGUUCAGGUAACAAAUUUCGAAUGUGGUGGAUAUUCAAUUGGGAUAAGCUGUAGCAUUCUCUUGGCGGAUCUUGUAAUCAUGGACAAAUUUCUUCAAACAUGGGCCAAAAUUCAAUGUGAUAUGCUCUCCAAAAAUGAAGACUCAAAUUUACCUAUAUUUUAUCUCCCUAAUCUAAAGCCAUCCAGUCCAUCUCUUAAUGGCAUACUCAGCUCAACCCCAAUUGACAAUUUUGGUCAAACAAUGAUUUUCAAUAUCAGCAAAGAAAAUAUGAUUUUGGAGGAAGAAUCAUCCAAAAAACUUGCAUUGCUUUGCAUUCAGGAGGCAGAGCAAAAUCUAGGUACUAAAAUGUCAUUACAUGAAUUUAAUUUUCUUGUGAAAGAAACUACUAAGGUAAUCAAAGUGGAGAAUUGCAAGAAAAAUGAGAUUGUCAAUUUCAAUUUGGAGAGGCAUUUUAAAAGUAGUUGUGCAAAUUUGAAGGAGUAUUUAAAAAUGAGUGAGCUAGCUUUUAGAGAAGGUAAUAAAGCUAUUAGGGUUUCAUGUUGGAUUGGAUCUGUUAGUGAUGGAUUUGUGUUGGGAAUUCCAUCUCAUGAAGAAGUUACUUCUGAUUUCAACAUUAUUAUCACAUUCCCCAUUGAAAAUUUGAACUAAAAUCAAAAUGUUUUUUUA